UCUGAUCACGUGAUCUUCGGAGCCUCGCGCUCAGUUUUUAUGCACGAGACCAGAUUGAGAGAGAGACCCAGGCGGAAUAGCUUGAUGAAAAGUAGUGCGUUUUGUGAAGGUUAGCUAUGGAAACCAACCGGAGUCCUCGAGAUACAUCGUGCAAGUUAUGUGAUGAGGGCUUCAAACUUCCCGAAAACGAAGAUGAAGGGAACCUCCCUCGCAUUCUCACAUGUGGUCACAUCUACUGCACCAAUUGUCUGCUGUCUAUUCAGUCUGAUAAUGUCAUUAGAUGUCCCGACUGUCAGGUGGAGUCCACUCUUCCUGCAGAUGGAGUGUUGGGUCUCCAGGAAGAAAGUAGCAUCAUAGGAGUCAUCUACACUGCUAAAAUAAGUGAGAGUUACAGGAGGAAGAACAAACUACAAGAACCUCCAGUAAAUAACUCCAAAGAUGAAACUGAGCAACAGUGUAGUGCAAAGCAUUUGGAUCAACCUCUUAUUCAGGCAGGAGAUGCAGAGAAGAAGGCUGACACAAAAGUGGACGAGGCGUUAGCAGAGGCUGCUGAAAAUCUCUGUAAACUCAUCAUUGCACAUGAGGCACUUACUGAUGGCUUGACAGAACAACUGAAGGCUGAAAAAGCUCGACUGGAAAUGGAAAUCAACCAAGCAGCAGAUAAAGCUUUAUGCACCAUUCAAAAGUGGAAAACUGUUCAGAUAAAUGAGCAGACAGAACUGGAGACAAAGUUCUUUACCAGCCAGCCAAUGCUUUCCCACAUCCAGGAAAGAAUCAAAUCCUUGAAAAAGGCCAUGGAGAUGGCCAGAGAAUUACGACGCGUACCCUUUCUGGAGCAGUACUGCGUCCUGGAUAAGUUGCUGGAGACGCUGAGGGCUCCUGUGGAGUCAUUUGAUUUGAAGUGCAUCUCUUUGGGCUCCAGGAUGAGUUGUGUUUUUCAGGAAGAAAAUCUAGACCAUGGUUUGGCUUUGUCUUUGAAGAUGGAAAUAAUGAACCCAAAACUCUCUCAUGAGUCACCAUCCAAGGAAAUGCAGCUGGACGGCUGCAACAGAAAAUCUCUCAGAGAUUGUGCUGUGGAGGGGGGGUAUAGUGGCGCCAUGCUCCCCAACCGCCAAGAACAGAACCAGGAGAACCCGAGGUCACGAAGCACCACUCCAAGCCCAAAACCAUCCGACACAACCAACCUCUCCCGCCAAAGCUCAUCCUCAGACCUCCGAAGCCCUGACGUCAUUGUUGAAGAGGUCUUGGAGGAAGCCAUUAAGUUAGUGAACCCCCCCUCUGGCCCUGACAUGAGCAAGAAACGGAGAUAUCAGAGUAAAAAAAGAAAAUACCAGUCUCUAAAGAACCAACAUGACUCUAAGUGUGUGGUGGUGGUGAGCCACAUUGUGAGUCCAGCUCACUUCUAUGUUCGCCAUGUGGCGGACAGACUGGAAAGUGAGAUCCUGUCAAGGAAAAUUCACAACCUCUGCUCUGGAAGUGGCUGUUCCUUUGCACCUGGGGACUCCAUUGAAACACAAUCUCUCAUCUUUGUGCUGUCUUACAAGAAACAGUGGUGCCGCUCCAAAGUGAUCGAAAUCUUCCAGAAAGGAUGCACGGAGCGAGUGAAAAUCUGUCCAGUCACACAGCUGGCCAUGGUCUACGUUUUCUCUCUAGACUUUGGAUUCUGCAGAAAAGUAACUAUACAAAGUGAGGACGAGACACCUGAAGGGACCCUGAAGGUUGUGAACGAGAAGCUGAGAAAGAUUUGUGAAGAUGUCAAACUGGAGCUGAGUGGCUUUGUCCCACAAGCCAUCAGAUGUUCACUGAAAGACCUCGUCCCAUAUGAUUUGAGCAAAGGUUGGGAUAACAAAGCACUCGUUGCUUUCCGCGCUGUAACUGGGUCAGCAGCUCUGGAGAUGCAGCCUUUGGGCCGAGACAGAGAUGCUUUGUUGGUGGAUCUGAAAAAAAUUCCCAUGGAUCAAUACAGUGACAUACCCAUCUCCAUCAGAGAGCAUCUCGUUUUCAACGAAGUCGCCAGGUUUUAUUAUCCAGUCAUUUCGGACAGACGGGCUUUGCGUUACUACCCUCCGGUCUACCCCAAAGUUAACACGGAGCUGAGUGCGGUGGUCUGCCACAUCAACAACCCUGGCGACUUCUACGUCCAAGCGGUUGAUAGCAUGGAGUCAUUGCUGCUCUCAGCCAGACUUCAGGACUGCUACAACGCUCCAGAUGUGCUUGAAGAUGAGGAGCUGAAGGUCUACUGUCCGGAGAUCGGACAGCCCUGCGUCGCCCGCUUUGAGGAAAACCUGUGGUACAGAGCUCAGGUCAUCGGUUGUCCAAGAGCAAGUAAAGUGGAGGUGCUCUAUGUGGAUUUUGGCAACAAGAAAAUCAUUCCUGUCAGUGACUUAAGGAAGAUCAAGGAAGAGUUCUUCAUGCUUCCUGCCAUGGCCACCCCCUGCUGUUUGGCCGAUGUGAUUCCUUUGGAUGGAAAGACCUGGAGUGAAGCCUGCACCAGCAGAUUCAUCGCUUUAACAUACCAGAAACUAGUCCUCAUUUUUGUUACAGAAAAAGUCUACCGGUCUACACCGAUUGUGGUUCAGGUGUUUGAGAAUGACGAAGCUCGAGCCAACAUCGCUGAGGUUCUGGUUCAAGAGGAGCUGGCCUGCUGGAUUGACAAAAAGAAAAACAAAAAAGACGGUCUCAGAGAAGAUGAUGCUGUCGUAUGGGAUCCAGUGUUGGAGCUCAGUUCUGCAAAACCAAGCGAUGGCAGAAAACAAAACGAGGAGCUACUGAACUUACAGAUUCAUCAGAGAUCUCCUGAUCAGCUCAAAGACCUGGCGGUCAGGAUCAGCCACGUCUGCUCACCGAGCAGCUUCCAUGUCAGGUUCACCCAGUACGACACACAACUCCAAAGGAUCGGUGAAAAGGUGAAGAGUGAGUGUGAACUCUCAGAGCCACAGGAGGUGGCGUGGAAAGCCGACAUGUUCUGCGCUGCGUUCAUCAACGAAGUCUGGGAGCGAGGGCAGAUCUGUGCCGACGUCACUUCCACUGACAUUGCAGAAGUGAGACUCUGUGACCAUGGCAACACAGAGAAGCUGCAUGUCAGUAAUCUGCGGCCAUUGCCAUCCUCUUUGAUUGGCUCCAUGGCACUUGAGUGCUGUCUCGACGAUAUCAGGCCCGCGGGGGGCCAAUCAGGAUGGACGGCUACAGCCGUCGACUUGUUCUCCCUCUAUGUAAAAGGGGCAGUGGCUGUCAUCACUAUCAAGGAGCUGACGGAGGAGCGCCCGGUACCCAUCACUUUGUUCUGCUCCAACAAAGUAGGACAGUAUGUCAGCAUGUCAGACUUCCUGGUUCGUGAAGGGCUGGCGCUGUGGAAAAGAAAGCCCAGCAGAGAUGCUGUCAUCCAAAAACCUGAGGAAAGCGAUGUAAAUUCUCCAACCACUGACACCCAACCAGAUGAGAAAGAAAGCUCCACCUCUCUGCGCAUGCUCCCUAAAGCUUCCCUCCAAGGGACUCCCACCCCUCCAAAACCAAGCCCCCGCUUCCUUAUGACCCCUGCAAAGGUUAAGACUUCGCUGUACAACGCGCCUGAGCUGCCAUGUCGGGGCCACGUCCAGAUGACGGUCACUGCUGUUGGAGACGACGGCCUCAUUUACGCCAGAACGGAGGAUUUAGAGUGUCAGCUGCAGCAGCUUUGUGAACGGAUCCAGCAGACCUGGCAGACUCUACCCAAACCCAAGCCCUACACCUGGAAGUCGGUUCUAGGCUGUGCUGUCUUUGGAUCGGACAUGCUGUGGUACAGAGGACAGAUUCUCUCCGUGCUGGGAGGAAAUGUUGAGGUGCAGUAUGUGGAUCAUGGGUUUGUGGAGAACAUCCCGAUGGCUCAUGUGUACCCGGUGCUGCUGUGUGCUGAUGUCCCUCAGCUCUGUAUUCCCUGUCAGCUUCACGCCAUCAAUCCUCUGGGCGGGAGGUGGCAGGAGUACGCCGUGGCCUUCAUGAGGGAGCUGCUGCAGAACCGCUUUGUGGACGUGCAAAUAUUGGAUGUGCCAUCUGAUCCCAGAGGACCUCUCACCGUGCAGAUCUUUCUAGACGGCCUGAAUCUCAAUGACAUCCUGUGUCACCACAGCCAUGGUUCUGUGGACCCAGCCGUCGCAGCAGAAGAGGAGCACACAGCCAUUCCUCCCACCCCGAUCCAGGAUGUCUGGGAGAUUAACACGGAGGGUCUUGUUGAAACCCUGGAGCCCAUGCUGGGGCCCUUUGUGUCCCCAAACCCGCCACAGGAGGGGGAGCACUUUAAAGUCAAGGUCAAGCAUCUGCAUACUCCUAACGAGUUGUUCCUUUGGCCUCUGGAGGGACCCCUUGACUCCAAAGUUGAAGGAGAGACUCUGCAAGAGGCUUUGGCCAGAAUCAAUGCAAACAUCAGCGCUCUGCCGCACCUCACCUGCUUCAACCGUGGUUAUCCAUGUCUGGCAGAGUACAGGGACGGGAAGUACUACCGGGCCAAGCUGCUGCAGAUUACCAGCUUGGAACCCGUCACAUUGUUGGUCAAGCAUGUUGACUUUGGUUCCGAUGACACUCUCCCCCCAAAAAAGCUGCGUCAGAUGCCAGCAGAGCUGCUGAAGUUUCCAACUCAGGUGUUGAAAGUCCGUGUCGCCGGCUUUAAGGCUCCGACCGUCAGCCAGCAGGAAGACGUGAUUCCAUACUCUCCUGAAUGGACCGUGGCGGCUGCUAUGGAGAUGCUCGACCUGCUGCACGGCAACAUCACGGCUACUGUUGUCAUUCGAGAGCCUGAGGUGGUCGUCCAGCUCCACAAUGAGGAUGGAGAGCUGCUUCACCUGGGCCUGGUGAACAAAGGACUGGUUGAACUAGAGUGAAGUUGAAGAGGAACAUCUGCUGCUGGUCAAGCAUGUGUUUCUGCCUGACGCGUUCUUCACAGAUGUAGAUAUUUUAUUUAAAUGUUGAAGUGUCUUUUCACAGCUGUGAGCGUUCAUUUCAGGCUCAGCUGGUUUAAACUCAUUUGUGUUGGUUUCAUUGAAGACAUUUCUGUUUGAAGACGCAAAAUAAAAACUCUUCAUUUC